CAAGCAGUGGGGGAGGGGCUGAUCGUGAAAACGGUGGUGGAGGCCGAGGUGCUAUAGAGAGCUUCUGAACUUCACUGCCUGGCAAAGGAAUGAAUGAUCCAAACGGGACACCUUUGCCCGCUGACGACGGAGGCGAGGACUCGAGUUACUUGACCAUAUCGCUGGUGGUAGGAAUCCCCGGUGGGGCGAUCAUAGUCGCUCUGGUCCUCGCCAUAUUUCUCAUGGUUUACCUCACCUGCAAGACGUCCAGUAACAGAGAGGAAGUGGAGUACAGACACAAUAGGUUCCAGGGCCUGUCUUUAGAGCAGCAGAAACAGUCCGGUGCCAAUCACCAACCUCACCACCUGCACUCCUCACAACAGUCACCAGGAAGCCACACCCACCAACAGAGCUCCAAAGACACAGACACUUCUUCAGACGACUCAAUGAACCCUUAUGAUUAGUGGGUGUGGUUUACAUAAAAUACUAUGGCACACUGCAUUUCAUUUUUGCACUCUGUAUAAAACUGACAAUGGAAAAAAACACAAUAAUCGUUGCACAGGGUAUAUUUGGG